AUGGCAAGCAGCAGGGGGCCCCCUGAGGCCCCGGGUCCUCAGCAGCGGCGCAGCGCCUUCUGCCUGCAGCAGCAGCCGCUGCUGCUGCUGCUGAAACUGCUGUUGCUGCUGCUGCUGCAGCAGCAACCUGCUGCAGCAGAACAGCCUGAGGGCGGCCAGCCCCCAAACGCAAACCCCAAGGACCAAGGGGCCCCCUGGGGACCCCCCGCAGAUGUUCACGACGUAGACGAAAAAGACAGCAACUACGGCGCUGCUGCUGCUGCUUGCUGCUUCGGGGCUUCUCCCUUCUUAGUGCGAGCAGCAACUGUCUAUACAGCUGGAGUUGUUGCUGCUGUGGCGCUGCUGCACCUGCUGCCAGCAGCAGAGAAGCAGCUAGCAGCAGCAUGGGGACAGCAGGGGGCCCUGCAGCAGCAGCAGCAGCUGCAGUACCCUGUUGCUUCGUUGUGCUGUUUGGUGGGGCUGCUGGUGUCUGCUGCUCUCGAAGCAGCUGUGGAGCAGCAGCAGCAGCAGCAUCAAGGCGACGGCAGCAGCAGCAGCAGCAGCACUGGGAGCUCUCUUUUGGAAUCCCUGAGCUGCAGCAAAGACAGGCAGCCUGCUGCUGCUGCUGCGGUGCAGCAGCCACACCGCAGCGACGGGCUUGAAGCUGCAGAAAGACACGGAAACAGCUGCUGCUGCUGCUGCUGCAGCAAAGCUAGCAGCAGCAGCGGGCCCUCAUUUAGAGUCCCCAUGGGUACAGGAGCAGCAAGCGCGCCUCCAGGGCCUGUGAGCAUGCUGCCGCAGCAUGCUGCUGCUGCUGCUGCUGCUGCUGCUGCUGGGCGGCACAAGGCUUGCUGCGGUGCUGGCCAUUCCUGCUGCGGCUGCGGCAGCAGCUGCUGCAGCGGAGGCAGCAGCUGCUGCAGCAGCUGGGAGUGCCUUGACCGGAGAAAGGCGCCCGAUGGAUCUGCAGCCCCCGCUGCUGCUGCUGCUGCUCCUGCUCCUGCUGCUGGUGACAGCAGCAGCAGCAGCAGCAGCCCUGCGGACCCGGAGGGCCCUAGCCUCAGCUGUCCGUACACCUUGAUGGACGAGACAGCAGUGGCGCUGCCCGCUGCUGCUGCUGCGCUGCAGCAGCAGCAACAGCAGAAAGCCGCCCUCCCAGCAGCAGCAGCAGCAAGUGUGGGGCCCCACAGCUCUGCUGCGCGCUCCGUCUUCUCCGGCAGCCUGCUGCUGGCUGGGCUGUCUGUACACUCCGUGCUCGAGGGCCUCACUUUAGGUGCUGCUGUUAAUCCCAAAACUGUUGCUGCUGCCAUUUUGCUGCACAAGACUCUGGAGGCCUUCGCCGUUGGCAGCUCGCUGCUGCACGUGGGCGCAGACCAGACCUGCUACAUUAUCCAGAUGCUGUCGUACGCCUUGACGGCCCCACUCGGAGUUGCUGCAGGACUAUUCAUCCAACGCUCUGCUGCUGCAGAUGCACCAGGCGGCGACCUAAGCAGCAGCAGCAGCAGCAGCAGCAGCAGCAGUAGCGUCGGGGUGUACGUACACUUCCUGCCCGGGGCCCUCACGGGGCUCGGCGCGGGGGCCUUUUUGCAUGUGGGGCUUCUUGAGAUUUUGGCCAGCGAGCUGCAGCGGGGGAGAAGACAAAAAAGAAAAGAUUUGCUGCUGAUGGUGGGCCUCACUGCUCUCGGGGCCCUUUCCAUGGCCCUCCUCUGA